AGUAAUUUGUAAUUUUCAUUCUUUUUCCUUGAAUAAAUGAUAUUGAUUAUUUACAAAGUCGUUCUUUGCCUUUUUCUUUUCAGACGAUUCAGUUUAAUUACUUUUUAUUAAAUAUUAUUGUGAUUUUAUCCGUAAGUUUAUACCUACAAAAUUGUAUUUAUUUGAUUACAUCGUUUUACUUUUAGAUGUAUAUUAAGUGAAUUAAGUUAAUGUUACAGUGGAUUAAUCUUAGUAAUUACUGUAGUGCCUAUGAGACAAAUAUUGUUUUUGCAAUUGUAAUAUAUAAUGUAAUUUUAACCAAUUGUCUAUGUAAAUUCUAUAUACACGAUGUAAAUAAAAUUAUGCAAAUAGUUAAUAAACUAAUGAUAUAUUACAAUUAUGUUUCAAGAUGUAUUUUAUAUAUUGUAUUAUUCCCAAUUUUUUUUGUUACAAAUUGAAAGUAUUUACGACUAGGUAGUUUUAGUUCCUAUUUGUUUCUUUUUAUUAUAUGUAUACCACAUUCUUAUUAAUUCUAUUUAUAGUUCUAAAGAAAAGGGGGUCUAAACUGCGGUGAAAUUUAAAAGUAGGAUACCAGAACCAUCAAAUGCAAGGUAUGGGACUUCCGUCACGAAUGGGACUCAAUUCUCAGCCACUGCCACAGUUUCGUUUUUAUGGAGCUACUGUCAUAAUACGUCGUCAUUUGUUUAAUGUCUAGUUGGAAUAUACCGCUACAUUAUUUCAUUUUUGUCAAUUUUUGAAACAGAAGUGCUUAAAAAUACGUGAUAUUUGCGUUUUAUGCCUCAUUUUGUUAAAUUAUUUAUUCAAAUGGAGUAAGUCUUAUUUAAUCAUUAGUAAUCAUAAAAUUUGCACGCAAAUCCAGCAUAAUGCAGACCGUUUUAUAUUUUAUAAUUAAAUUUUGUGUUAUUUAUCAUUGUAGAGCACAAUUUCAGCUUGCUCUAGAGGAACUACGAAAAACUCAACAGAAAACUGCAGAAAUUUCACAAAGAUAUGCUCAUUUAGAAUCAAUUUUAAAAACACUUCAAUCUGCUUCCAAUGAUUCCAAGUCCACUACUUCAUUAGGAAGCACUAUUAGUCAAGAAAAUACUUCAGAAAAAAGAAGUUUCGUAUCCAGAAGUUUAAUGAUGAUACCUAAGAAAUCAGUUACAAAUAAAUCAAAAUUUGAUGAUGAUAUUACACAUUCCGUUCAAGAAAGAAUAAAGCAACAUAAUGUGAUUAAAAAAAGUAUUGGUAUCUACCAGAAUAAAAUUAGUUUGGCUAGAAACAAGUUUUUAAACAAUUUGGAAAAUAUGAUAUGAAGAGGAAUAUUCGUUUAUUUAUUUAAUAUUGAUAUUUAAACUUUAAUUUUCAAUGAUUAAAUGUUAAAAAAAAAUAGAAAUGAAUACAGUUAAAUGAUAGUUUUAACUUGAUUAUAAUAAAUAUAUCAUAUGUGGUUGCCACAGUAUUAUUGAUCAAUCUGUUUGUCUCUCCCUCAAAAUAAAUUUACUUCUCAUGUUAUUUUGUAUUUAAACGUAAUAAAUUGUCCUUAAAAAUGGAAACCACCUUUUCAUAUCAGAAGAAAAGAUGCCAGUUUGGGCGUCAGUGUCUGUUUAGUGAUAAAGGUCCUGAUUUAAUAGAUGACUAUCCAGGACACACACAAUGGAUGAAAGAUUUUAUUCUUAGGGAUCCUGUGGAUAAAUCUACACAGAAUGCUCCUAUGCAAUCAAAACACUGUGUGAAUACAUUUAGAGCAGAAUUUUCAACUAGCAGUAUGAACCAUGUCGAAGGGGGUUGGCCGAAAGAUAUCAAUAUUCAAGAUGAAGAAGCCACCAAGAGAUAUAGACGAAAGAUCGAGAAAGAUGACGCUUUCAAUCCAACUAUAUUUCAGCUUGCUAAAACUAUGGAAAAUUGUAUUCUCCAAAACAACGCAAUAAAUAUUUAUCAACAAUAUUUUGACGAUGUGGAACCUGCUCCUUUGAUAGAACCAAGUUCUGCUCGCAUUGUGAGUGUAUUUCAAGAUCAAUGUCCUGUAAAACGUCCCAUCAGUCACAUAUCGUGGUCUCCAGAUAAUGGUACCAAAUUGGCCAUGUCACAUUGUAAUCUCACAUAUCAGGCUGUUCCAAAACCCAACGAAUCUUCCCACUCCUAUAUUUGGGAAAUGGAGAAUCCUAAUACUCCCUACCUUGUUUUGAAACCGGAAUCUCCUUGUGCUUGUCUGGAGUAUAACCCAAAAGAUGGUAACUUAUUAAUCAGUGGGCAAUUGGACGGUCGUGUGGUCAUUUGGGAUAUUCGAAGAGGAUCCGAUCCUGUUGAUCACAGCCAGAUUGAAGUGAGUCAUCGAUAUCCUGUUUUAAAUGCCCUUUGGAUAACGUCAAAAUCUGGUUGUGAAUUUUUUAGCGCAGCACCAGAUGGAAAAAUCAUUUGGUGGGAUAUGAGAAAGUUAAACGAGCCUUUAGAAGUUCUGAUAGUUGACUUGGUAGAAGAUCGUUUACAAUGUCUUUCGAAUGCUCUUGGUGUUUCGGCUUUGGAAUAUGAAGCUUCAAUUCCCACUAGGUUUAUGAUUGGAUGUGAAAAUGGACAGAUUUACUCUGGCAAUCGUAAGGGUAAAUCGACUAUGGAAAAGUUGAAUGUAAAAUUCGACGCCCAUUUGGGGCCUGUACUUGCUUUACAACGGAACACUGCUUAUCUAAAAAAUUUCCUGUCCAUUGGCGACUGGACUGCUCGAGUAUGGGCCGAAGAUUGCCGGGAAAGCUCGAUAAUGUGGACAAGUUAUCACAAAACGAUGUUAACCGAUGGCGCAUGGAGUCCAACUAGAUUUUCCGUAUUCUUUACUGCUCGCGAGGAUGGUAUCAUGGACAUAUGGGACAUUUUACAACAACAAAAGAGGUCUGUUUGCUGUAUAAAGGUAUGUGAUGUAUCUCUGAAAUGCCUUCGAUGUCACGAAAUGGGCAGACUUUUAGCAGUCUCAAAUUCAGCAGGCUCCACUUAUUUGGUGGAACUUAGCGAAAAUUUGACUACAUCUACCAGAAACGAGAAGACUCUUUUAAAUGCGAUGUUCGAAAGAGAAAAUAAAAGGGAAAAAAUUUUGGAGGCGAGAAACAGAGAAAUUCGUCUCAAAUUGCAGCAACAACAAAUGACAGAACAAACUGCUGAAGGAGGCGAAAAGAGAUUAAUGAAUCGGGCAGAUGAUGACUUUGAAGCAAAAUGGAUAACUCCAGAAGUUAAGCAAGCAGAAGAAGAGUAUAUGAAAAUUGUAAAUGAGGAACUUAAGAAACGAAAUUUGAAAGAAAAAGAGAACUGAGUUUGGACGCCAGUGUCUUUUCAGCGACAAAGGUCCAGACCUUAUCGAUAAUUAUCCCGCUCACAAGGAAUGGA